GGCACGAUUAUCGUUCGUCCCAAAGCCCGUCCUUAUUAAUAUUGGGUCGAGAAAUAAAUCAAAAAGACCGAAUAACAUUGUAAACGGACCUUAAUUUAGGACGUUGGGCUUCGUCCUUACGAGGGACGUGGCAGCAUUCAAUUGGGAGUCGAAAUAGGGUUGGGAAAGUCGCACCGUGUCUUUUUUUUUCACCCUUCUCCUGAUUCUCUCUUCUCCGCGGCGAUAGUUUUGGCGAUAGCCUCUCCAGAGAUUUCAAAGACGAAUCGACAUCCCCAAUCGAUUUGCUGCCUCAUCGACGCUUCUCCGCCGAUUCAAACCCAAACGAGGUAUGUGUUCCUCCUUCUUCAUCGGAUUUAGAUGAUUUUGUUGUCAUUGACGAUUUGUAUCCUCCGUUUCUGGGAUCCGUCAUGGCGAAAGCUCCUCCGGAGAUUUCAAGGACGAAUCGACAUCCCCAAUCGAUCUGCUGCCUCAUCGACGCUUCUCCGGCGAUUCAAACCUAAACGAGGUUAAGUUAUCCAUGGGACUUGAUUACAGCUAUACUCAGCCUUCUGAUUCAGAGGAGUACGGUGGCAACACAGCUGACAGUGGGUACAGCGAAACAGAAGAUCUAAUUCGUCAGGACCAAGCUGAGAUUGACACCCAGCAAGCGCCGGUUCAGUACCCUCCUCAACCCGAAGUUGAGUUCGGCUUCCCUCAAACAUGCUAUUGCGGUGCUCGUCCACUUCUAGCAACAUCUCAAAGUAGAAACGAUCCAGGUAGAUUGUACUAUACGUGUGCAAAUGUUGCUGAUGGAGAUUGCCAUGUCUGGAAAUGGUGGGAUGUGGCUGUAAUGGAGGAGAUGAGAGCCAGGGAUACUCACACACUUCAGUUGGCUGAGAAGGUUGAUUAUCUUGCCGGUAUGAGCGACUACCGGACAGAGCUUAACAAGAUUAAGGAUCUCCAAUACGAGACUGAGCAGAAAAUGGUAAGGGUAGAAAAGCUAGUGUCUGAGUUAGGUAAUAAGAAAUCAACGUCUACCAAUGGCUUUGGCUUUGAAUAUUUUGUAGGUGUAAUCGUUAUUGUGUUAGUUUUAAUAGGUACGUGGCUCAUGGUUUAGUUAAUCAUGGUCUCCUUUCUAUUACAUGACUUUGUAAUGUGCUUUAUUUGCUUCGAAUGAAUGAGUUAUGUGUAAUGACUUUGUAAUGAACAUGACCGUGUGAUGACUUUGUAAUGUGAUGACUUUGUGAUGAACAUGACCGUGUAAUGUGUUAGUUUGUGAUGUGAUGACUUUGUAAUGACCAAAUAAGUGUACCGACAUCCCCUUGCUCUCUUCUAGCCCGUGACUCUGUACCGACGUCACAUUGCUCGUAAACAAAUCUCGUGACCUCUUCUAGCAAAUCAAAGAGUCAGAUACUUUCUUUCAAAUUUUGUUAUACAAUAAUCAUCACGGGUCAUUUUGUUUACAUUUCUUAUAGUCUAUAAGUACAAGCGUAUGUUUCUUUCUUUCAAAUUCACCACUGCUCUACCUAUUCUCAAAACAUAUUUUCUCUUUUUCAAAAUUUUUAUGGCUUCUUCAUCCCAUUAUCAUUACCACAACGAUGAUGAUGAUGAUGAAUUUGAAACCCUAUUUGAAGAAUUUUUUGAAAUCCCUGAUAUUAUUCCCGAACCAAAAGAGCGAAAAAAACGCAUUUUUAUCGAGAGAAACCGAGAAGAUGGCCACAUGAAGCUUUGGAAUGAUUAUUUUUCUGAAACUCCUACAUAUCCACCCAAUAUAUUCCGCCGACGGUUCCGAAUGAACAAACCAUUGUUCUUGCGUAUUGUGCAUCGUCUCUCUACAUAUGUAGACUAUUUUCAGCCAUCAGAAGAUGCAGUCGGACGGGCUAGUCUAUCUCCGCUCCAAAAAUGUACCGCAGAAAUUCGUCAAUUAGCGUAUGGUGGUGGGGCUGAUACAGUUGACGAGUAUGUGCGACUUGGUGAAACAACAGCUCGAAAAUGUUUGUACCAAUUUACCGCCGGAAUAAUCCACUUGUUUGGCGAUGAAUACCUAAGACGUCCCACCCCGGAGGAUCUGCAAAGACUACUCCACAUUGGAGAACAACGUGGAUUUCCAGGGAUGGUUGGAAGCAUCGACUGUAUGCAUUGGGAGUGGAAGAAUUGCCCCACCGCUUGGAAAGGAAUGUAUUCACGAGGAACCGGAAAACCAACAAUUGUGUUGGAGGCGGUAGCUUCAUCGGACCUCUGGAUCUGGCACGCGUUUUUUGGAGCUCCAGGUACUAUGAACGAUCUUAAUAUUCUUGAUCGAUCACCUGUUUUUGAUGAAAUUAUUAACGGAAACGCUCCACAAGUCAAUUUCUAUGUCAACGGAAGUGAGUACCAUUUGGGUUACUAUCUCGCCGAUGGCAUUUAUCCGAAAUGGGCUACUUUUAUUCAAUCUAUCCGACUACCACAAGGUCCAAAAAAUUGUUUAUUUGCUAAAAAACAAGAAGCUGUCCGAAAAGAUGUUGAGCGCGCCUUCGGAGUCCUGCAAGCUAGAUUCGCCGUUGUUAGAAAUCCAUCUAAUUUAUGGGAUAAAAACAAAAUAGGAAAUAUUAUUAAGACAUGUAUAAUACUCCAUAAUAUGAUUGUCGAAGAUGAACGAGAUUCAUACACUCAACACGCUUCAGAAUUUCAACAAGGAGAAGAUGUGGAUCAUACAUUUGUAGUCAAGAGGACUAAAAGUCUUGGUACUAUAUUGGGUCGUCGAGCAGAAGUUCGGGAUAGACAAGGCCAUCAACAAUUAAAAGAAGAUUUGAUUGAAAAUAUAUGGGUUAAAUUUGGACAUCUCCCUAACUACAAUGUUUAGAAAAACUUGGACGGGAAAAAAAAUCCAACGUUUAGUUUCUAUGAGUUCAAUAAAAUGUUUGUUUUUUUUUAUUUUUUCAUGUUUGUAAUUUUUUUCCCAAUUUUGUAAAUUUCUCAUGUUUUCAAUUUUAAUGUUAUAUGUUUUAUUUUAAAUUUUUAUUCUAUAUGUCAUUACUUAUUUUAAAUUUUUAUUCUAUAUGUCAUUACUAAGAAACAUCAAAAAGUCCUACCAAUAAUCUAAUUUUUUGGGAUUGUCCUUAACUUUGGUCCUUAACCUCAAAAUAACAAUAAAUUAAUCUAAGGACCAGACAAUUAGUCCUAGCAAUAAUCAUGGUCUUACUUGGUUUUAUCUUAAAAAUAAAAAUUUUGUUAUAUUAAAAGGCCAAUUUUUUAUUUUUGCCAUAUAUAGGGCCUCCGGUAUGUUUGAGCCGGCCCUGCAUGUGAACAUCUAGAUAUCGGAACUAUCAAAAUUCCUCCUCUUAAGGUGCCUAUGGAGUUACUCAAGGAGGUGGGAAUCAUAGGAGCCUCCCAUGGCUGGGUUGCAACUUUGAAAAAUGGAAUUGUGUGUCAAGAUGACCUAGAUCUCCAUGCACCGGAUAAUAACCCAAAACGCAUUCCUCUACCUCCUCUUGAAACUCUGCCUCAUAACCAAACCCAAAUAGUAACCAACAUAGCCAUGUCCUCUUCGUCUCCAGAGGAUGAAGACUGCAUCGUGGCUGUCAAGUUCUUGGGACCUCAGCUAAGCUUGUGUAGGCCAGCUCAGAGAGAUUGCACGUGGAGCAACAUCAGGAUCUCAGACCCCAGCUUCUUCUCCUCCCAUGUAAUGUACUCCAAGAGAGAUGAGAUGUUCUCCAUGCCCUCUUCUAGAGGCCACUACACUAGAUCAUGGGAUCUUGUGAGACACAUGAAGGAACCAAAGCUGCAGAUGCUGAUGCAGCCUCCUGAAGAUCAAAUUCCGAGAAUGACAAAGAGGGCGUGGCAGCGAUUGGAGUCGUGUUGUACGAAGCAACACUACUUAGUGGAGUCGUCACACACCGAUGAGACUUUUAUGUUGAAGUGGUACACACAAAGCAGACCCACUUUGAAUGUAUGGGACCAUUUCCUUUUGUUGAAGAUAGACAAGGAAGGGAAUGCUCUUUACACGAAAGACAUUGGAGAUCUCUGCAUUUUACUUUCUAGGUCCGAACCCAUAUGUAUCCCGGCUAAAUUGAACCGAAGAGCCAAAAACUGCAUCUAUAUGUUGACCGAGCACGAGUUUGCCAUUGUCGGUAUCGGCAGUAACCAGAAGUUUUGUAGAACACCUUUCACUUGCUCCUUACCUUGCUAUAUUUCAAAAAACUAAUAUAGCUAGUGUCUCACUCUCAAAAUCUAUAAUUAUGCUUUUAAAUACAUUUAUGGUAUUAUUAUUUUUACAUACCGAUGAAGUUAAAAUAUAAAAAAUAAUACCCAAAUGUAAACUUAU